ACACACUAGCUAUUUGGUGUUAUAGAGGAAAUGUGAAUUGAUGGCCUAUGCCAGAGGAACAAGAGAGGAAACCACGCAUUGUACAGGCACAGAAAAGAGCGCUCCGGAUGACAUUUUUCACACAGUUUGGGGUUAUGUAUGCAGUGAUCAGAGCUAGAUAUCAAGGGAAACUUACAUUUUCCUGUUUUCAUUGUUUUAUUUUCCAAUAGUGUGUCUGAAUAGACAAAUACACUAUGAAUUUGGUGAAACUCAUUUUAAUCCUCCAAACGCUUCAAUCUUGUCAAGCAUAUAAAGAUGACUCCUCUCAAACUGGAAAAAAUGCAUCACAAUCAGAGCUUAAUAAGUAUCAAACUGAGCCCUAUAUAACUCAACAAUCCAAUGCAUGCUCCUGGAGUCCCAGGAUCCUUAGAGAUGAGAUAUGGACUUCAGUCACAUUCACUGCAGAGUCCAGAGACCAAGUAGCCCAUCAGAUCUGUAUGGAACUUGGCUGUGGUGGAGUCUACAGUCUUAAUGAGACCAGCGCACCACCCAACAGUACCUGCCUCACAAACUGCACCUACCAUGAAUAUCGUCUUCGGAACUGUUCCCAUGUUGUGAGGAUUAAUUGCACAAUGGUGUCCGAUGUCGUUUGUGAGCAUCAGGCUGUGAGGCUGGCUGGUGGCGAGCACCGCUGUGCUGGACGUGUAGAGCUGUGGAGAGAGGGGAAGCAGUGGGGCACGGUGUGUGACGAUGAGUGGGACUUGAGGGACGCUGAUGUGGUAUGUGCCCAGCUUGGCUGUGGGUAUGCUUUGAGUGUGACAGGGCAGGGUGGUGCCUUCCCUCAGGGCAAGGAUCCCAUCUACCUGGAUGAACUGAAAUGUACUGGCAAAGAGGAAAACCUGUGGCAGUGCCCAGCGUCAGAUGAAAGCCAUGACUGUGGGCACAAGGAGGAUGCUGGGGUGGUAUGCUCAGAGCUGAAGGCAGUGAGGCUGACCGGAGGUGUGGACCGCUGUUCUGGUAAAGUGGAGAUCCACCGUAAUGGAUCAUGGGGGACAGUGUGUGAUACCUGCUGGGGGAAGGAGGAAGCCUCAAUGGUGUGUUCCAUGUUGGGCUGUGGGGAGCCAGUUCAUUUUCUAGCUUUCAUACCCCCUUUCACUCACAAUGAUAGUACCCUGUGGUACUACCAAUGCUUUCCAAAUCACACAGACCUUUGGCAGUGUAAGGAGUAUGCCAACAAGACAAUAUUGUGCGCUGACUCUAAAGCGGCUGGACUUAUUUGUAGUGGAUCACAUGGACGAUAUCUUCCAGUUACAACAGAAGCAACUACAACAGUAUUAAGCAGGAGGCCAGGCCCAGUGACUACAGUCAGUGUUUCAAAUGAUGGCUUCCCAUUCUCCAUGUCCCUAGAGCUGCUGGGGUGCAUCUCCCUUUCCUUCCUUUUGCUCAUGGCUCUGGUCACAAACGCUCUGCUUUGCUGCCACUACAGGAGGAGAGAUGCUCUCUUAGUCCAGCACCGACAUGCUAACCUGCAAACGUCAACUGAGCAUGACAACGACUACCGGGACUCUGUGAAUCUCAUCAAGGUCACAACCAGCAGCCCAACAGAAAAUGAUGUCCCAUCAAAUCCCAGAUAUCAGUGGACCCAGAGUAGUGUGGACAGCACCUCAGUGGAUACAGACUAUGAGCAGUGUGAUCUAAGCACCGAGGCAGCUGUGCAUAUGACCACCUUUCAGAAUUCUAUACGGUACAAACAAGAUACCAGGAACCCUUUUAUGAGGGUUACAGCUCUGGACAGUCUAUCUGAGGAAGUGGACUCCUUUGAUUCUUCCAGCACCUCCUCCGAGGAAUGCUAUGAAAACACAGGCAAAGAUGUAGAGAAUCUAGUGACAUCAGAAGGAAUAGAUCCAUGGCAACCUCCAGUUACCCACAAUGCAAAUAACCACCUGAUACCUUCAAGGAACCCUGAUCAAACCCAUUCACAUGACCAGGGAGUGGCUGAUGGGAACAGUGGUGAUUAUGAGGAGGAGGGCCACCUGAACUCUCCUGACCCCAACCAAUCCUCCUCAGAGGGUGACUAUGAUGACAUCGCUAACUACCUGGACUCAAACCUAGAGCAAGGCUACUGAAUGAGCUGGAAGGACCUACGUUUUACUGUAUAUGUCAAUGUUUCUGUUAAUAUAAAAGAGUGGCUAGCUAAUUGUUUGCAAUGUUUGAAAUGAUGUAUUAAUGUAUAGUAUACAUACAGUAUGUAGGUAUAUUAUGUAUGUUUUGUAUUUUGUGUUUUUAGGUGUGAUAAUAAAAAUGUAAUAUUUGUUUAA